CGAUCGCUGUUGUAUACGGUCGUGUAUUUCGUUUUGACGUUAUAAAACUUGUUCCGCGUAAAUCACGCCCUAUUUUCGAAAAAGUAGUGUUACAACUUUUUAGUGUCGUUCAUAACUGUGUUAUAUCCAGUGUACGUGAUAAUUUGACGAUUAUAAUUCACCAGCCGGGUCUAGGAAGCCGGAUUUAAAGGACAAAAGAUGUUUUAAAUGGAUUAUGCAAUAAUUUAGGCGCAGCCAUGUUGAUUACAGCAGUGUUGGAGCUUUCAUAAAUAACAAAUAAUACAAUGGAAUCUCCAGUGAGAAUAUGCAUUGGUGCAGCAAUAGUUGUAAAUCUACUUUUAAUAUGUACAUCAGUGAAUGGAGGUCCUUUAUCUCACGAUGCGAGUUCAACGACCGUUAAAGAUGAAAAAACAACAAAAUAUAGUCGAUUGAACAGCACGUGGACAACAAAGAAUAAACCUAAAACACCCGAUGUAGCACUAAAUGAGUUACAUCCUAAAGAAUCAACAUCUGAAGAACAUACAGAAAAGAAUGCAAAAUAUAAAGAUAGGGGAAGAGUGAAAUUCCAAACUCAUUUAAAAUCUACCUCUGAAAGUCCGUUAAGAAGAAUAAAAUCCACCGAAUCACCAAAAUAUGUUUCUUCAACAACUGAAACAAUGAGAUCAGCUAAAAUUGUUAACGAUAUAGGAAAUCAUAGAGAUAAGAAAUCACCACAAGUAUCAAGUUCUACUGUUUCCAGUACAACGUCUGAUGAGAUGACAGAGAGCGACGAUACACAGGAAAUGAAUGAUUCCCAAUUAGCUGAGGCUGAUGAAGAGAAUAUUUUUGAUAGGUACACAUCUAGCAAAUUCCACGAUAGUUUCAAUCUCCCUGGGUACAGCGACGAUGAUACUUAUAAAGACAAAAUGUACAGUCAAACAAAAAAUGAAUUUAGUAACUUUGAUAAAAUAUUAAAUCAUUUUUCAAAAGAUAUGUUUGACUCCAGCGAAAAUGAUAAUGUCCACGGAGACCCAUAUAACUCGCAUAGCUACUUCGAUUUCGAAGCAGAUCUAACUACACCAAGAAAUGAUUACUUUGAUCAAAAGUACGCUGACAUAUCGUCUAGUAUUAUGAAUAAUCUAGCGUCUGUCAAAACUAAGGCACCAGAUAUGAAUAUUACGACUCCCCAAGACAUUAUAACCGAGAAUAUAGGAUUUGAGAAAUUAAGUAAUGAGUCACCGAACAACAAAUCAAUGAUGAUAAUUAAAAAUACCAAAGAAAUCCGUCGCUUGGACAAUGAACAGGCUGGAACGGCUAACAGAGAGUUAUCCGAUAUUCAUGGUACAAGUAUUUAUUACGAAAUGUCUGUUCUGUCUACGGAAACUUACAAUAUAAACCAUUCUGAUGACUAUGAUUGUGAUAAUGAAACUUUACCUGUAGAAACUACUAUGAGUACUUCUUUGCAAGAGGAAGACGAGUCAUUGACAGCUGCACAACCUGCUAUGGUCACAGCUUCCUCUAUGCCGGUCACAAUAACUGCAAUACCUGCAAUAGUAUUACCAAAUGUCAUCCAGAAUUCAUUAAACACAAUAAUACCCAUACAAGAUUCGAAUAUUCCUAUUUCUUCUCAAAACUAUGUCAGUAAUACAGAAAGAACAGUCAAAGUAAGUCCAAGGAACCGUAAUUAUUCGAAACGACUUAAUUUAACUGGAAACAAAGUUUCUCCUAAUAGCGUAACUCCUCAAACUAUUCCGACUAUGAAUUCAGGAUGGAGACCAGUGACUCGUAAAUUUUACUAUACGACACCAAAAAUUAAACCCAUUUGGAUGGCUCCACGACGUAAUAUUACUAAAGUGUAUAAAACAUCUUAUCCAACGACGAUUUACGCUGAACAUUUUAAUAUUAAAGACAAGUAUUCGACCACACCUCGUCCAAUGGCACCACAAAAGACAAUAUUGACAACAUUACCUUCAGACAUAGAUCCGGUUUUACAAAGUGAUGUUAGUGGUGUUGAGAAAUUUGUUCAGUCUCAAAUAAUAACAGAUAAUACGAUACCUACAUUGUCGAAAAGAGGCUCUAUGAAAUUUACUACAUCAGUACCAUCUACUGCAAAUAACACUGCAAAUACAGGUCCAACUAAUAUUAUUGGAACCAGUAAAGAGGGCACAAGCAGUUCUAAAAGUCUUAUAGAGUCUAGUAAAGAAAAUGGUACUGUAGAUGAUGCCGGUACUACAGUUAGUGUUAGUUCUCCAAAUCAAACUCAAUUCAUAAAUAAAAUUAGCAGUACAGAUGAAAGCAAAAUUAGUUCAGGAAAAAUUGUAACACCAAAUUUAAGUGCAUCAGUUGAUGAAACAAGUGCUAUAGAUAAAACUGGAGAAACGGAUUCGACUGAUUCUCUAAGUGCAACUACAAAUUCAGAAAGUGAUAGUACAGAGGAAAAAGAUUAUCUAAACCAAACUGGAACAAUAACGGACGGCAACUCUAGUACGACAUCAAAUGAAUCACUGGAUCAAACCGAAUCUAUUAGUCAAAGUACUACUAAAGAUAUCAUUGAAACUUCAUUUGCUAAAACUGGUAAAGUUAGGGAAGGAAGUUCUCUAGGUUCAACCGAGUCUGUAAGUACUACGUCUGUAGAAGACACGGAUAAAACAAGUCAGACAAGUUCUGAAGGGGUAACUUCAGUAGGGGGGAUGACCAUAAAUGACUUGGAAAUACCGCCGACGAUGACCGCGUGGGCGCUGGCGAGUUUAAGAACUCCACCGACAAUGUCAAUCAAAGUACUGAAUGGAAGUCGAUCGACACAAAAAAAUGUCGACGAAAACGAACUGCAAAAAGUCAGUGAACCCGUAGACCUAAAAGAAACAACAACGAUGUCGACAACAUCGACUACAACACCUGUCGCCGCCCUCACUAAUUAUGUUUCUAAGAAUAUUACUGAAAUCGACCAAAAUAAACUGCCUUGGAAACCGAUCACUUCAGUUGACGUAAAUGAUGAAAAGGAAACAGUAACUAAAUCCGAACGAUUACCUGCUGAGAGCAACAUAUCUGUACAAAGUAGUCUAAAGCCUGAAAAUACUACGGAAAGCACUCAAACAGAAGAGACAAUCGCACUGACGACUGAAACAAUUAAAAUGAAUGAAGUUAAACCUUCUUGGAUCCCUGCAAUGAUAAAUGAAACAACGACAGAAGAAACGGACGAAAACGAGGACGAAAUUCAACCAGUUGAUGUGAAAAAGUCAACUGGUUUCGAAUCGAUAACGAAACUUCCUUCGGGCGUGACCACGCCUACCGACGAAAACGACACAGCAACAGAACAGUCUGAAGUACGGUCUACUACUGAUUAUGAAAUUACGACAAUAAGAUUUUCAUACGUCCCUACCGAGCAGAUAGCAGUAACUCAAGUACCAAUUAUAAAUAAAACAUGGCAUAAAAUUAUACCCACAAGAACGAACAAACCGACAACUCCAAUAACUACAUAUAGACCAACAUUUUCAACUACAACUGAAGUAACCGAGGAAACAACCACAAUGAUUAUAGAUACGACACUACAGUCAGAAUUAUCAUCUAAAAUUAUUGAUAAUGCAACAAAUCAAUCAGACGAAGGUAUAGAACAAACAACAACAGAAGAAAUGACUACCAGUAAUCCAACAACAACUUAUCCAACGACAAUUAAUCCGACGACAACUACUAAUCCAACAACUGACUCUACAACGGAAUGCGAUGAAACCACAACAGUGACAACAGCAGCGUCAAUAAUACAAGGAACAGAACCUGAAGAAAUGCCGCAAAUUGCAACUACAACAGAACCUCCAACACAAACGAAGAAUGAAAGUUGUUCGGAAGAAAAUAGCGAUAGCAAUGAAGUGAUACAAGAUACAACUAAACAUCCAACCACAACAACAAUUAUAACUACAACUAUAACUACAACAACAGAAAAAGAACCAGAAACAACUGUUAUACCAUCGACAACAGAACAAACUACACCUGGUUACUCAGAGACAACAAUAAAACCUAACGAAAAUAUUCCAUUCGAUCAUAAGGAAUACACGACGACGGAAACUCCAGAAAUUACUACGAAAUCUAUAAAUGAAUUAGAAGAUUUAACAAGUUACACGGAUGACAUGACAACGGAGGCGUCCUCUCGAGUUUUCACGAAUGAAGAGACAAGCUCAGGUGCCACCAUUGCGAUUGUUGUCACCACCAUUGGCGUCAUUGCGUUGGUUCUACUCGUCGUUCUAUUGUUGGUAGUCCGUCGUCGUGGUAGACGCGGUGUGUACGCGCAGCGCUGCACCCCUGUCUCUCUAGAUGCGUACAGCCUGGACAGCGUGAGCGUCGGACACAGGAAGGGAAAUCACCGAUUGUGCAGCAAACGAAGUUACGGCAACCCAGCGUAUGAUGAUGAGGUUACCUCUCAUCCAAUGCAAUACUCGGCGUUAGCCAACUUCGCUUUAGACGUGGAAUCAAUAUCGGCGGAGUUUGCAGAGAUUCCUUCAGUGUCCGUGCCCCCCGAGGCCGUGCCCCCCGGCUGCGAAGACAAGAACAGAUACUCCAACGUGCUCCCACUGCCGGAGACACGUGUGCCCCUCACCAGGCUAGGCAAUGACCCCACUACGGAAUAUAUCAAUGCUAAUUACGUCACGGGUCCCGGCAACAUCCGCAACUACUACAUACUGUGCCAGGCACCGCUCUCUAACACUGUCGCAGACUUCUGGCGCAUGAUCUGGGAACAGAACUCCAGACUCAUUGUCAUGCUCACCGAGUACAUGGAGAAUGGUGUGGAGAAAUGUUACGAAUAUCUCCCCCCAUCCGAGGUAUCCGACAACAAACGAUGCUUCGGAGACUUCCAAGUGGUACUCAAGAAGCGGGAGCAGCGUGACAAGUACGCCAUCUCCAGUCUGCAGGUGAUACACCUGGGCACCAGGACCUGGAGAGAGGUCACCCAUCUUUGGUACUUCUGGCCUGCUAAAGGAGUUCCAGAUGACUACGACUCGGUGAUCGAUUUUAUAUCAGAAAUGAGGAGUUAUAUGAAGAUCUCGCAGACUGCUAAGGAAUAUGACGAAGAAGGUGUGGAAGUAAUCUAUGGCGACGAUUCAAAGUCAUCACUGGAUAAUCUGUCGAAGCUGCGAAGUGAGGGACGCGCUUCGGGCCGCGGACCGCAUGUCUACUCCCCUGCCAGGGCAGAGGAGAUGAUGCGCUCCCACAACGGCACACUGCGUACUCAGGGUAAUUUUAGAAACAUGAAGACUAUGCAUGACCAAGAUGGUGUGCGCCCGUGCGUGUGCGUGUGCGCGUCAGGCGCGGGCAGGUCUGCGGCGAUGGUCGCGCUGGAGACGUGCGCGCGCGCGCUGUCUGCCGGCGCGGUGGACGUGCCGCGCGUCGUGCGUCGUCUGCGCGCUCAGCGCCCGCACGCACUCGCCAACAGGCACCAUUACAUAUUUAUAUACAAGGUGCUCAGUGAAUACGGGAACAAGCUGAUGGGCAGCGGUGUUGACAACAUCUGACCACAAGUACAUGUUAUUUGAAUGAACUGACUGACACAAUGACAUCCAUGACACAUCUCACUAUUGUCCACUACAUUUCGUUAAUUACUUUUAUUAGGUGCGUUGUUUUAGCUUAUACCAAUCUCAUUUUUUCUAAUAUUUGUAUAAAAAACGUGUAAAUAUUUGUACACGUAAAGAAAUUGCGGAAACGUAUGAAGGACGCAGAUAAAGUUAAACCAGAUGUAAUAACUAUUUAAUAUGAAAAUAUAUUUGAUUAUGAAUUACAGUCAAUUUGGCUAUAAUUUUUAUCAAUGGUGCGUCUUUUUGACAACUUUAUUUUAGUACAGUUAAACCCAAUUUCGACUAAGCGAUGAUGGCGUGACUUUUGAAGUCGUUUGAUUAAAAUCCCUAUCUUAUUUUCACUGAC